CUCACUUCCCCUGCUGCCCAAGUUCGAACUGAUAUCGUCCUCUGUGCUGGAAUGCCGUCCUCGGCGUCUGAGUGACUGAGUGCCGCUAUGGCCGCCCGCUAUGGCCGCUACUGCGCUGCGAGGUUAGGGGGCCUGCGGGAGGAGCUGUCAACACUGAAGCACUGAACGACCCGACCGCGGUCCAAUUGUACCAAUAAUAACCACUCGCGUCUUUCUCCGCAGACCGGCGGCAGCGGCGGCGGCGGCGUCGAAAUCGCCGAGGAUCGCAAUUGUUUUGAGGUUAGGCGGGAUGGCGAUUUUUUCCAAGAUCUGAAGCGAGUCUCGCCCUCCGCCUCGUUUCCAAGAGAAGCGGCAUUCCUGGAAUGUGGAGAGGAAACACUCGCGUGGAUAGAGUUCCGAAUUUAAAAUCGCGCGCUGUUAACGGUCCUCCUUUCUCCGACCGCUCGGUGACACAUGCCCAGGUCCAAUCGGCUGCAUAUGACUGAUUGACUGACGGCCUCGAAAGCGCCGUUUCUGGACGGCUCUCUAUCUGCCGAUAAAAAUAGAGCCCGACUAAUCUCGAUUCAUCCGCUGCGGCAGCGGCUUUCUCUCGGCUUCGGCUCGGCUACACGGCGCGCGCAAUAACACGCGGAGGCUCGUAAAUAACGCGCCCGGUCUUCUCCUUCGGCGCGCGCGUUUAUGGCUCUGUGCAGUGCAGUGUAGGUGCUGCACCUCCUCCCACUCCUCCGAUGGCCUGUCCGAGGCGGUGUAAUAAUCGCGGCCGAGGCGGCCGAGGCCGGCAACAAUCUGUGCAACACGUGUGCGACUUGCUUCUUCUCUCGCGCGCUCUCCUCCAGGAAGACGUGUAGUAUCGCGUGUGUGAAGUGCGGAUCGUGUGUUUGUUUCAGUGCGCUGUGGCCGAUGCUGACCCCACACCUGACGCCCGCCUGUGCCUAGCCUGCUGCGGAGGACGUGUUGAGACUUGACUAUCGCGUAGACCAAGGCGGCGGAAGCGAUGCCGAGAGCGCGCCGGCUCCUUCUACUACGGCGCUUCCUCGGCGCCGCGCACCCGUGACCCGUGAGAGAGCGACCAAGAGCCAAGAGCAGCCGGCAGGAUGCACCCGCGCGGCUCGCACCGGCCCAGGCGAGCUGGCCAGCCGCAGGACAGGUACGAGCGGCUCAGUCCGCACCCGAGGCGACGGCUGACCAACCACGCGAGGCUCCAGCAGCAGUACCGAAACUUCCAGGGCCACUCGAGCAGCGACGAGUGCCUCGCGAGGAACAAGUCCAAGAGCACGAGCUCGAUCGACACGCAGUCGGUGAACAACAUCCUCGACGAGUUCGAGGAGCUCGAUUACCGGCGCUCCUCCGAUCUCAGCGACAUAGAGCUCGGCUGCCUCGAGCUCGCCAACUUCCAGCAGAUGAUGGACUACCAGAGGCGCCAGCACAGCUCGAGGAGCAGCUGCGCCGGGCCCCAGCGGCAGCUCGCGCCGACCAAGGUCAGCAGGCAGACGCAGGUCCGGCAGCGCUCGAGAGACCGGCAGGCCCCGCCGGCCGAGGGCUCCGAGGGCCUGGCCGGCCCCUUCCAGCCGCAGAACCCGGAGGUUCGCUCGAGCCUGAGCUCGGCCAAGUCGCCGCCGGAGCUCCUGCUGCGCAAGGGCGAGGUGCAGAAGAGGGUGGACGAGUGGCUCAGCCAGACGCGCAGCCAGAACUGCGCGGGCUUCGCCAAGGACGCCCGGCCCGGCCUCACCAGGUCCAACAGCAGCGCCGAGGCCAAGAGCUACCGCAGGCUCAGGCAGCAGGAGGCGAGGUCGCGGCGCUCCCAGCUCAACGGCUCCUCCAGCUACGACGACCUCACCGCCUGCGAGGGCCUCCAAGCCAAGCCGAGCGUCGGCGCCAACACCAGCAGGGGAACGUACAAGCAGUACCUCGCCCUCAAGGGCAAGGCUCGCCUCCAGAAGCAGCAGUCGAACGCCGUGCUCCGCUCGAGGGAAGCCAGCCCGUCCCAGAGGCCGGAGCCCCUUCCGCCGGAGCAGGCGGCCAGGAGCAGCAAGAGCGCGCGCGCGAGGCACCAGAUGGAGAAUCGAAUAUCCAGCCUGAUCAAGGCCAGAAACGAGAUGGCCGGCGGCGAGGUCGCGCUCACGCGGCAGGCGUCCUUCAAGCGCGAGAGCACGCGCUCCAAGUCGAGCAGGCAGGCCGAGCCGGCCACGGAAUCCGGCUCAGAGCUCCGCCAGGAGCACUGCGGCCCGGUGAGCGCGCGGGUCCGGGCCUUCCAGGGCAGGGCCGAGCAGAGGGCGCCCAAGUCGAGGAGCCUGCAGGGCUCGAACGUGCUCAUCGAGACGAGGAGCAAGUCGCCCAUGUCGCCGAGCAGGAGCGACGGCUUCCACCCCAGCAAGGGCCACGACAGGGGGCAGUCGAGUUUCAAGCCGAACGCCGAGCCGGACUCGCCGGCGAGGCGCGUGGAGAAGAUCUACGAGACGACGCUGCAGCCGGAGGUCAUUCACGCCGACGAUUUGGAGUCGGUCUUCAGGCCUGGGCGAACCAACUUCGUCUACGGGGAGGCCUGCAGCAGGGAAGCGGGCAGGGACGAGGCGGUGCGGCCGCCCGAGUCCGGUCUCAACCACUGCUUGAAGCUCUUGCAGAGGUCGCCUAGCUUCAGGCUGAAGAGGAGGGAGGACAGCUGCGCGGCGAAGCCCCCCAGUCCCGAGCAGCCCAGGCAGGCGGGCUUCGAAACCUUCCACGAACGCUCGAAGGAGAGCGUCGAGAGCGCCGACAAGUCGGACGCGACCUCCUACGAAUCCAGAAGCACCCUCAAGCUGAACCUGAUCGAGAGCGAGAGGAUCCGUCGCAAGGAGCAUGAGAAUCCGCCCGCCAAGCCCGAUUCGACGCCGUCGUCGACCAGCAACGAGCCCGCGUACAGCGCGAUCCGCGAGAGAGCGCCGAGCGAAAACGGCGCAGUGGUGAACGAGGUGCUGGUGAAGAACCUCCAGUUCAAGCAGGACCUGCCGCCGGCGCCGCCUCCCCGAGCCUGUCCGCCCGAUGCCGCGGAAAGCCGGCGGGAGCCGUCUCCGAUCGUCAAGCCGCUCAACUACAACAGCGUCCUCAACGACGACUACGAGAAAGUCCACGCGAGGCAGCAUCAGCAGGGCCAGCUCGACGGCGGCAAGAUUUACGUGACCAAGGAGGAGAUGGAGCGGAAGAAGCUGAUGGACCUGCUCAGGAAGGGGCAGUUCGAGCUCGCGAAACUGGAGCUCGAGCGGAGCUACAGCCUGUCGAGUCCCGGGGGCGGCAGUCCCGCGUGCUGUCCGCCGUGCAGCCCGCCCCCGGCGCCGGCCGCCUACAUAUCCAGCGCGAGGGCCUCGUCGAGAAGACUCGGCCAGUCGAACAACGGGCCCGGCUCGCCGGAGAGGGACCCGCUGGCCAGGCUCCUCAGGCACCUCAAGAGCUUCUACCGGGAGCUCGGGACGCGGGAGCCGGCGCACCUGCCGCACUGGGCCUCGGCCCUGCCCGGGGGCACGCUCUGCCCGGCCCACUUCCAGCCCCACCUGCAGAUCGUCCACAAGAGCGAGCAGGAGCACCGGCUGGAGAACAUCCGGAUGGAGCAGAUUUUCGCCCCGGUCAGGCUGGGCGACGGCUCGAUCUCGGAGGCGCCGCGGCGAGUCUCGGUGGAGGGCGGCCCCGGCAGCGGGCGCACGAGCCUCUGCCUGCGGCUGCUCUACCAGUGGGCGACGCAGCCCGGCGAGUCCGGCGAGUCCGGCGAGUCCGGCGGCCCGGCCCUGGCGCUGAUCGUGCCGCUGCGCGAGCUCCGGGGCGGCGGCCUGCUGAGCUACCUCGCGCGCGAGCUCUUCCCGCGGGGCGGUCCCCUGGCCGAGGCGAUCCAGCAGGUCUGGCGGACGCUGCAGCUGCUCGAGGACCGGCUGCUCUUCCUGCUCGACGGCUACGACGAGUGCGCCCGCGCGAGCCUCGGCGAGGCGGCCGAGCUGCUCGAGGGCCGGCUCUUCCCGGAGGCGCGGCUGCUGCUGACCUGCGCGCCCGGCGACGCCGCGGCCCUCGGGCCGCUCGUCCAGCGCCGGCUGCACCUCGCCGGGCUCGAGUGGGCCCGCGUCGAGCGGCUCUGCGUCGCCUACUUCAUCCACAACGACCUGGCCGAGCGGGCCUGCGAGUUCCUCGAGGUGCUCAACGUCCAGCCGCUCGCGGUCCGCCAGCUGGCCCAGCACCCGCUCGGCUGGCUCAUGCUCUGCCUGCUCUACCAGGACCGCGGCCGGCUGCCCGAGGAGACGAGCGCCCUGGUCCAGGCGGCCGUCAGGAGCCUCGUCAAGCGGAGCCUGGAGCCGGCGGUGCCGCGCGACGAGGAGAUCCCGGCGCACUGCCGCAAGCGCCUCGAGGACUUUGGCCGGCUGGCGCUGGCGGGCCUGCGCGAGGGCCGCACCUGCUACCCGGAGGCCGAGCUGCGGACGCGCGGCGGCGGCCUCGAGGUCGCCCGCCUCGGCUUCCUCAGCAAAGGCCCGAGCCUCGGCCAGCGGCGCAAGUCCGAGCUCUACACGCCGAUCCACCUGGGCGUCGCCGAGUUCCUCGCGGCCUACUACCUCAGCAGCAUCGCCCAGUACGCCAACAUCCUGCGCCGCGAGCUCGAGGGCCUGCCCCCCGGGAUUCUCGGGCACCUGGCCGGGCUCCUCGGGCCCAGGAGCCACCUCGUGCUCAACCAGCUCUGCCCGCUGGAGCUGCCGGCGCGCGGCCUGUUCUCCCUGCUGAGGGCCGCCGGCCCCUCGGAGGGCAACGUCGCGGCCGUCUGCCGACUGCUCGGCGCCGGGCCGGGCUUCGGGCCGGCCCCGAGCGAGCGGCCGCCGGCCCCGCUGGUCCACACGACGCCGCUCGAGCUCGAGGGCUGGGCCCGGAUCCUCGAGAGCCCGGCCUGCGGCCUCGAGGCCCUCGAGGUCGUCUUCCAGCUCGAGCGCGGCUCCGAGCCGAGCCACCUCGACGAGUUCUUCGGGGCGCUCGCCGGCAACGAGAGCGUCCGGCUGGUCCGCAUCACCUCCCUGCUGGGCCACGAGUUCCCCGCGGACGAGGUGCUCCGGCUGGCCGGCCACGUCCGCAGCGUCCUCGGCAAGCGGAGGCUGCGCGAGUUCGAGCUCGUCGUCACCUGCCUCGAGGAGUCGGCGCACGACCGGCUGGAGUGCGUGGUGAGCGCGCUGUGCCGGGCCCUGGGCCAGGCCUCGAGUCAGCUGUCGCGGCUGGUGCUCGACAUGAACCUGUCGGGCGAGCAGCUCUCCAGGGUCUGCGACUCGCUGCGGCACUGCAAGCAGGUGCAGGCCUUGCACUUGCCGCACCUCGGCUGCGGCUGCGAGGGUCUCGCCUCCGUGGCCGAGCUGCUCAAGGAGAGGCCGCUGCUGGCCCUCAACCUCGCCGGCAGCUGGGCCGCCAAGAGCGAGGACCCCUCGAGCUCCGGCAUCAGCAUGGGAUCCGGCUCGGGUUCCGGAAGCAGCGGCUGCGCCUCGAGCACGCUGGGCAGUCUGCCGGCGAGCGGUCGCUGCUACUCGUCGCUGCCCCGGGGCGCCCUGGCGGCCUACGGCGGCUCCAACCGUCCGGCGACUCUGCCGAGGCUGCCCCUGGGCCUGGGCCUACCCGGGACCGCGGCAGGAGGCGGCGGCGGCGGCGGCGGCAGCAGCAGCAGCGGCAACAACGGCAGCCUGCCCAGCGAACGCGACAGCAGCAACGGCAGCAGCAAGCGGAACAGCGACAGCCUGCUGUGCCAUCGAGUGCCCACGCUCCAUCCGCAGCCCGCCUGCGACCUGGUCAGUCACCAGGGCACUGGCUUCCACGAGAUAUUCAAUGCCAUCAGAGAGCCGAACUGCAAGCUGCGCUCGUUAAACGUCUCCAAAUGCCUGUUGGGAGGACUGGACGCCUGCUGCCUGGCCGAGACGAUUCGUCGCGCCCGCAACCUCGACGCCGUGCGGGCUGCCGGCGCGUCGCGACCUGCCGACGUCAUGCCAUUAGUACUGGCACUAGCCGAGGCGCCGUGUCUGCAACUGCUCGACCUAGCUAGUCCGAGACUUGCGCUAGACGAUCACCCCUGUCGGCUCCUUUGUCACGCCCUCGCCCGCAACUCGACCCUCCGACUGCUGAGCCUCGAGGGCUGGACUUUCAGGAUCGAGGAAUCGGAGACGCUGUCGGUGUUCUCGGAGCUGCUGCGCUGCACCAGCGUCCGAGAGCUGAGCUUGUGCAACGCCAGGCUGCACCUGGCGGUCCACGAGGGCCCGCUGUCCCGGUUGGGCCGUCGGGACGACGCCGGCGCCGAGCUGCUCCGCGCCGCGGCGCCACCCGCCUGCCCCGACGUGCUCUUCCUCCGACUCGCCGGAUUCCAAGUGACGGUGAACGACCGAGUGGCUCUGCGGGGGCCGCUGCUCCUGCCCUUCCUGGCGGGCUUCACGGGCCUGAGCGAGCUGGACCUGUCCCUGGACAAGUCGACGGUCGGCGGCGGCAGCGGCAGCGGCAGCUCCCUCCUCUCCAUCGACGACCGCACCCUGAUCCAGUUCUUCGGCUGCCUCGGCUCGAGCUUCCGAGGCCUGCAGUCGCUGCGCAUCAACUUCUGGCGGGUCAGCCUCGACGAGAGCGAGAAGACGCUGCGCCAGGUCGGCAAGCAGCUGCGCAACUGCCUCUCGCUGAGCUUCCUCAAGGCGUCCGGCCUCGUAGUCACGGACAGCUCGAAGAAGACUCGGCAGGAGCACGGCCUCAUCCAGGCCUUCCUCGGCAACCUCCACUCCCUGGCCUGGCUCUGCCUCGACGGCGUCGAGCUCACGGAGAGCCAGGCGACGGCCGUCGGCAAGUGCCUGCGCGAGAGGUUCGCCGGGCCGAGUCUCGAGAUCAGCGCCAAGGACGUGCAGGUCAGGGCCUUGAAGGCUCUCGUCGCCAGCGUCGAGGAGGCCGGCAAGGCCGAGGUCCUCUACGCCGGCGGGGCUGCCUGCCGCCUCAAGAUCACCAAGCUGCACAAGAGCACCAAGGCCAGGAAGAAGUGAGCUGGCCCUCGAAUUCCCGCUUUCUCCAACUCUUUGCAACUUAUUUUCCGAUCCUAUUAUUCUGUAAAAAUUGAAGAAAAAAAACAACCUUGCGAUUACUUACGGCGAAGCCGCCUCGUUAUGUACAGAGCUUCAAAGAGUCGUCGGUUCGAUGCGUCAAAAGUCUGCCUCUACGAUGGCAGGCCGAGCUGGCGGAUCCGCGCGCCAAAAUUCCUUUCUACCUUCCCUGCCUCUAGAUUCUGUUCAACGCUUCUUUAUAAUCGGACGUGCGUAUCCUUAUUCUGCAUUAUACGUAUAUACGACGAAAGAGAGGCUGUAUCCAUGGUGAAACCUAUACACUGUUGUUAUACGAAUUCGAAGAUAUAUAUAUAUAUAUAUAUAGAUAUGGCACACACACACAGAUUAAUAUUAGUAUAUUAUUAACGAAGGGAAAACAAAAGAAUAAAAAAAAUUAUUCAUUUAUUUCGAGAACGCGAACAUUCAUCUACGACGGCGAAUAAUCGAAUAGGGGUCAAUGUACUAGCGAUGCAUCCCGUUGUUGGGCUAUUGAGAAAUUUUAUUAACGAGAGUUUGGCUCGUGCGAGCGCAAAAGCGAGAUAAGUAUUCGGAAACAGAGAAUGAAUCACAGCGCUGAGUGAAAUGAUAUUUUAACGAAAAACAGCGUACGUAGUCUCGCAAUACUCAUUAGCGUAUCGAAUGAUGAGCGAUUUCUUGUUACGAACAGACCAAGAUAUUUGCUGUUUCCGUCUAAAGGCUGGGACUAAUGUUUUAGUGAAUUACAACUAUUUGAAUAUACGAUGAAUCCCAUACUACAAUCGUGCUUCAAGUAUCCGAACCGAGCAUAUACCAUUAUAAAUUAGCUGAUGUAUACAAUUUUUGUAUUUAUUUUACACCAUGUAACGCUUUAUUAGUUAGUUCUCCUUUCAAUAUAUGACGUAAGCAAACAUGCCAGCUAUUAAUUGAAAUUCAACCUUUGCAAUUUAUAACGGUUUUCAAAAGACACGCGUCGCAUAUGAUACAAUUGAGUCUUUGUCUCUACGAAUAAGUUCGUCAUGGUCGAAUGGGGAAUCUUCCAUUUUUAUUGCGAAACAUAAGGUCAACGAGUAUACAUAAUAUACAUAUAUUGUUAAAGAACACGAGACCGUUCUUUCACGCACAGCGAUUUUUUCAUUUUUUUAUACAGCAUGAUAACGCGUAUACCUACGAUAUUAUUUUACACGAUAGUGUUAAUUGUGUACAUAAACGUGAGAGUAUUUGUAAAACGAUCGGUCGCGAGAAAACGAGAGAGAUGACACUCGAUUUUCUAUACCUUGUAAUAACCGUGCAAUUUGUCGACUAAGUUUUCAGCGUUUUCAGAUUUUUAACCGUCGCGUGUUUUCGAUGAAAAAUCAACAGACAUCGCAACGUCUUAGGCGAUGAUGGCGCUUUUAACACUGAAAAAUGUCGAGGAGACCAAAGCAGGCGAGGCGGAGUUUCAAGUGAGAAAUAUCAAAUUAUUCAAACCAAGAGAAUAUAGGUAAAAACCCUCCUGUAAAAUUAUAUGCAUCAGCUCAACCGAUUUUAUUAUGGAGUAUUUAUGUAUUUAUAUGUGUACACAUAUCCUUUGAAUAAAUGUACUACGUGUUUGAA